CCAAUUUUCUGUUAUUCCGCACUAAAGAAAUCUCAUCUAUCUCAUCAUAUAUUACUUCAUCUAUUCUAAUUUAUGUACCAUAUUAUUCUUUUUAAUUCAUUACAAAAAGAAUGUCACGUUCUCAUAAUAAUUUGUACUAUUAUUUUUCUUUUACACUUAGUAAAAUUAUUUAUAGCAUGCAAAUGAUAAAAAUGUUUUAGAUCAUACAUAUCAAACAUUUUUCUUCUUGGUAUCAAGUCAAAUAAUGUGACAUAAACCGAAACAGAUGGAGUAUUAUCUAAUGUCACAUGAGCUAAAAUACAAGUAUUUACUUUAAGUACACCAGCCAACUGCAUCCAUGGUGGUCCCAUUUGAUUUUGCUUAUUCAGACAAGUCUUAAUUUCUCUUAACUUCCUCAUAUGUCUCUAUUUACUUUCAUCCUCUAAAUCAGCCAUGAAUUGAAUUAGAAGAACAUGAGUAUGUGUUAAUUUUUAUUCUCUGCUACAGUGGAAGAAAGGAAGUGAUGGAGGGGAAAAUUGAGCCAGUAGCCAAGGAGCUACACGAUAACAAUACUAAUAAUAGUAAUGGGCUUCACUGUGAAACAAAAUUGAAGCAGCAGGAAGGAAAAUCAGCAACACAAGAGAUCCAAUUACUACAUUGCGAUGACACAAUCAGUGAACAAGACAAAAAGAAGAUUUCUAACUUGAGAGCUGUUGUUGAAAAGCAAGAUCCUUCUUCCAAGGAAGUGGAUGAUUUUGCGAUAAGGCGGUUUCUAAGAGCAAGGGAUCUGGAUGUGGACAAAGCUUCAGCAAUGCUGUUGAAAUACCUGAAAUGGAGGAGAAGUUUUGUACCAAAUGGAUUCAUUUCACCUAGUGAGAUACCAAACGAGAUAGAACACAACAAAAUGUUCUUGCAAGGUGUGGACAAAUUAGGACGCCCUAUUGCUGUCGUUUUUGGUGGCAGACAUAUGCAGAACAAACUAGGAGGCCUUGACGAGUUCAAACGAUUUGUGGUUUUGGCGUUAGACAAACUGUGUUCAAGGACGUCACCAGGAAGGGAAAAGUUUGUGGUAAUCGGGGAUCUCAAAGGUUUUGGCUAUUCCAAUAGCGAUGCUCGUGCAUACAUUGGGGCUCUAUCCAUUUUACAGGAUUGCUAUCCUGAAAGACUUGGAAGACUGAUUGUGGUUCAUGUCCCUUACCUGUUCUGGACAUUGUGGAAGAUUCUGUAUCCUUUUAUUGAUAACAACACCAAGAAGAAGAUCUCCUUUGUGGAAAACAAACGACUCACGGAAACUCUACUUCAAGAUAUUGAUGAAAGCCAGCUACCAGAGAUUUAUGGAGGCAAAAUGCCAUUAGUUCCCAUUCAUGAAGCCUAAGCUAGUAGUUACACGUCUUUACUAUCCAGAGCUCCUUUUUGAGGAGUUUCAGGUAAUGCUCUUGAUAAGAAGACAAAGUUUGUACUACGAUUAUACAUUUGUAAGCAUCUAGCUUUUACAUAAAAGAGGAUUAAAAUAUUCUCCCCUAA